UUGUAUUACACGCCGAUAGUACACAGUUGUACCGUUAUCUGUAACCUUUAGCACGUGAUAUGCUCAAUCGUUUAGUAACAUCGCCGACACCGCCGUAUUGCAUAGAAGGACGGGGAUAUAUACCACACUUUUAUUGCCUGUUAUGACGAUACGUACAUAACAUCUUGAAAUGGCAAGAAAGAGAAUUUCUAAGAGGCCAGCAGGCGGUCAUCCGCGUGUACCCGUCCAUACUGAUACCGGAAGUGACUCAAUUCCAGCCCCAGUGACCUCAUCAAUUAGAGUCAUACUACUUGUUCUGAUUGGUCUGGGAAUUUGUGCUUUCUUAUUUUACCCCGAUAUAACGCGGUUGGUUAGCAGUCUCCAAGGAGAUGCAGGUCAGACUGCAAAGGAACAAAGAGGACUGCCUGACGACCAGCACAGAAGUGAUCAACAGUUCCUCUCCGACGAAGAGGAAACCUUCAAUGACGGACAACACGAAGAUCUUAUGAUGACGGAGGAAGGGGAUAUGGAGGUAGAAGUGGAAGAUCAUGAUGAGGAAACAGUAGAAUAUGACCAAAGGGGUGCAUUAGAGGAAGAACCGCUCAAAAGCAAUCCUGAGCUUAAACGAGAACCCGAAAGACCGCCGAAAGAUGAAGUGAAGAGAACUGAACCUGAGAAAAUGUCUGAAAGAGACACAUCAAGUAAAACAGCCCCACAGGAUGAAAAGAAAUUUCUUAAAUUUACGAAAGACGAAGCCAAUGUUAAAAGUGUUGACAUUAAGAUGGAGGAUAUGACGAAAGAGCCUGUCAAAAAGAAGCCAAAAGAAGCUAAACCCAAGAAAAAACAAAAGGAGGAGACGUCCAAUGAAGAUGACAAGGAUCUUCCCAAAGAGGUUCGUGACUUCAAACCAAGGAUUCUGAGCACCGUUACAGCUAAGAAGAUAUUUGCCGAUGGUCGACGUAUCCCGCCCGUGGAACUGCUGCCUCAGAAGCCAACCAACAGCAGCGUCAGGGUGUUCCUGUUCGACGAGUUCUUAUCGACGCUGGAGUGUGACGGUUUGAUGAAGGCGCACGACAAGCACGUGCAGGAUGCCGGCAAGCAGGACCCCAUCAUGUGCUUUGACAGCAUUGGCACACUGAAGAAACACUUAGAAGAAGCUAAAAAGAAAAUACGUGUCACACCUAACGUGUUUACAGAAGGAACAAAAUGCUUGAAUGCCACAUUUUCACGCCAAAUUGGCGACUUGAUUCACCGGAACUGGAGCUACAGCACGGCAUUCUACCCAGGAGAAAGCAAGUUCUCGUCCAUCUUUGCCAACAGAGUGAAGGCCGCUAUGGGUCUUGAUCAGGAAAAUGGCGGGAAAUUUCAGCUGACGUCAUAUCCGAAAGGAAAAGCGUACAAGUCUCACACGGACUGCGUGGAAGGGGGCGAGGACAAGAGGGACAGAGUGGCCACGGUGCUGGUGUAUCUUCAGGACGUCGAGGAAGGCGGCGAAACACGUUUUCCCGAGCUGGGUAUAUGGGUAAAGCCAAGGAAAGGUCGGGCGUUGGUAUGGAACAACAUGAGCCCUGAUGGCGACUGUGAGCGCCACUCUCUCCACACGGCUUCCAAAGUCGACAAGGGCAACAAAUACAUACUGAUACGAUGGUACUACUACAAGAGUUUCUUUUCACUGGGCAAGCGUCCCCCAGAACCACCGCUACCCGCGAGAGAGACGGGCCAGCCGCGGGUGUCAUGUGACGAGUUUGAGUACGGCAGCUGUCGGUGGUAUGACGAGUGGAGCUACGAGCACUUGCUGGAUUAUGAACGCCAGAAGAUGACUCUAAUAUGAACCAUCAUCCCUUGAUCAGCUGGCCUUGGCUGUUCGAUAUGCGAUCACUGGUCAUCGCUUUCCCGCUACCUUGUAGUACGAUAUUAAACACGCCAUCAACCAAUCAGGGGCGCAGUUAUCACAAAGAAUAUUUCAUUGAUCAAAUCAUAUCUGUUAUAUUCAACGUCGUUCAUGUGAGAUUUCUGUAUUGGUCUUUGGAGAAUAAAUGUAUUUUAAUAGAUGGGAA